AUGAGCGCUGCAUCAGACAUCAUUCUUUUGUCUUCCCCGCCGGUAUGUCCCUCUCGCACCCCGGCGCCCCCAAGUUAUGAUCCCGGGAAGAUUUUUGGGAUCUCUCCGCGAGGCUCAUCCCCGGCUUCAGUUCUGUCGCCGUCGGAGUUGUUUCGACCCCUUUCGCAAUCCCGGUAUUUCAAAGCCAGCACUAAAAACGGCAAAACAUCAAACAUAAAGAAAAACAAGACGUCGAGUGAAGGAGCGGCAGAAACAAAUUUAUUAAAUUUCAAGAGAAAGGAUGCUGUAUUGGAAAACGGCGCGAAACGGAGGCGGACGAAGAAGCUCUCGAGCGAGCGAGUAACAGUCCCUUCCGAGUUGGAACCCUCGACUCCGGAUAGGAGGGGAAACACAUCCAAAAAGUCAACGGCCACCAAAAAGAAGCACACAGAUGGCCCUAGCAAGUGUGGGAAGACUACGAAUAAAACUUUGACGGGGAGAAUUGCGAAGGCUGAUAGCGUACAAACAAGAAAGUCCGAUGAGAAAAUCGAUUGUCCCUGUACUCCGAAAUCCUCGCAAGAGAAAAUCGCCAAGGGUACCUUUGGUUGGGAAAAGGAAGGCCUGCAGCUAGAUGUAGCUACGAAGCGGAGGUUCGACUGGACUCCGACAAAGGACACUAUUGACCAAGCUACCGAGGUGGAGGAGAUUGGAAGUGCAGAACGUCCAUCGAACCGGUUUGGUACCUUGUUAGCGGAAUACAAUUUCAGCGAUUCUUCUUCGGCUGCCCACAACAACACGAGGUCUCUUGAGGCUGGGGCUUUUACAAAGAGGAGGCGAAUAGAGCUCGUGGAUUCUAGUCUUAAUCCUGUUUCCAAGGCUAUUGCCCCCAGUACGGACAAGCCACUCACCGAUAAUGACCAAUCUACAACAGCCUAUAAACCGAAGAAAAGGCUUCAAAAACAAAGCAAGAAGUUGACUACCCUCACAGCUCGUGUGACAGCGCGAUACAAUGAGGACCUUGCAGAAAUCCCUGAUUUGACGGCUACUCAUAAAGACGGCACAUCUGCAAAUACUAAAAGCUCAAAAUCCAAAGCGAGAGAGAAAACAAAAUCGGCUCCGCAAGAGCCUGAGUUUAUUGUACUUUCCCCUGAAGCAGCUACCAAAUGCCUUGAUGACCAAGAUCUCAUAUUUGGAACUUGCAGUCAACUUCAACGAGAAGAUUCCCCAAAAUUGCGAAGAGAAACACAAACAGCAUUUUAUGAGUCAGAGAAAAGCAACACGGCCGAGCCAGUGUCUAGUCAUAUUCAGAGUACGAGGUCUAAAACAUCUUCUUCUACCACCAUAUCACGCUUCACGGCCCCCAGGAAUUUAUGGUCCAUUGCGGCAAGAGACUCAGAAGGGUCAUUAGCUCAGGUAGCGGUCCUCAAUCUUUCAGGUGAAUCUGGUUUAUCUGAGACCUCAGCCACCAAUUAUAAUCAUACCAGCAGACAAAAGAGCCGGAAUAAGGAUGCUGGUACUGUGGGCAGCAUAGGCUCCAAUGAUAUCUCUGAGCCUAAUGAAAUAUCGUCCACAAAGAAAGGGCUGUCCACGGGAGCUAGUCAAAUUAUCAACAAUACGACCGAGAAGACAAAUUCUCAGACGGCAGUACCUCGUCCUACAAUGCCUCGAUAUGGCGGUUUCACAGAUGCUGAGUUAUCAAAGCAGAUUGCGACCUACGGGUUUAAGCCUCUCAGAAACCGACAGAAAAUGAUAGAAUUACUCCAGAAAUGCUGGGAGUCAAAGCACGGUAAAGACUCGAAUGGGGACAAUGAAAAGGAGCAACGUAAUCUAUCUACUGAGCCAACGUCAGAAACGGCACCAUCACAACUACAGAAAAGUGAGAAAAGUUCCUGCAAGUGUACCAGUACUUCUCAGAAAACAACCACGAGGCCCAGGAAAGCCCAGUCGACUAUAUCGUCCAAGUCUAUAUCGAAAAACGAACCAUCCGCAACAUCAGCCAAUAUGAGCAAUAGACGAGACAGUCCUCAGCGCGAAACGAAGAAAGCCUGUUCUACACGUUCGUUCAUUGAUGUAGAAGAAAUUGAGGACUCGGAAGAAGACGUUACUUUAUCUCCAGUCCGGCAUCAGCAUCAACACAUGCUUCACACCGCGGAAUGUACACCAUCUCUGUCUCUGUCAACAAUGCCAUCUAAUCCAAUCCGUACCGCAUUCCAGGUCCGAUCGCCUGCGCUCACUGCCACUAAGAGAACCAAUACCUCGAAUUUGGCCGAUCAGAUCACCCGCGCCGUACGUGCACAGCCUCAGUUUACCUCAACCAGUACUCCCAAGCAUAUCAGCUGGUACGAAAAAAUGUUGAUGUACAAUCCCAUCAAUCUAGAGAGUUUUACCACCUGGCUGAAUACUGAGGGAUUAAGUCUUGUCAACGAAGACAGAGAAGUUGGGGCCAGUUUUGUACGGAAGUGGUGUGAAAACAGAGGCAUCUGCUGUAGCUAUUAUUGA